UAAAUUAAAAUAAAGAGAGUUCCAAUUUUAUUUUCGGAUCCAACAGAAUAACAUACGCUUACUUUCAUGUUUAUUUUAAGUCGAAUACUGAUCUAUAGUGUAGGAUUCAAUCUUGAAUCAGCGACACAUGACAGACGUAUACAUACAUAUACGAUGUGUGUAAAUUUACUACCACUAGUAAAUGCAGCGAAUUCACAUGAACAAGCACACAGCUUACUUUCAUUCUUCAAUCAUGACAUCGAGUUCUGAAAAAUGAACGGAAAUUCUAACGGGGAACAUAGGAUCGAGGAGAUUAUAAAUCGAAAAUCUAUAACAAUGACUGAUUAUAUACAAUGUCUUUCUAAUAAUUUACAACAUAGUCACAUUCUCGAGGAUAAUGAUGCACUUUGUUGUGAUUUUUUGCCUGUCACGGAAGACGGUGUGCCAAUUAGGAAAUUGUUCAUUAGCAACUUAGCAGAAAGGACAACGUACAAGGAUCUCGAAAAGUUAUUUUCUAAGUAUGGAAAUGUAGAAAGCUGUUUUUUGCGAAGGAAUCAAGGAAAAAGUAACUAUGCAUUUGUUACUUUUAACAGCGCAGAGGCAGUCGUAAGAGCUGUAUAUGAAGAAGAUACCAUAAGAUUGCACAACAGAAACUUGAAAGUUGUGCCAGCUGAUUCAUGGCAUCAACCAGACAAUAUAGAGAAUCGAUAUCACAACACAAAAGAUAAGAAAGCGUGCAAUGAACAGUAUAAUGAAGAAUACUUACAAAACGAUAUGCAUACUAGCAUUCAAAUAUUAAAUAACGACUGUUUGAUACAUAUCUUCCUUCAGUUGCCAAUUGUAGAUAGAAUUAGAAUAGAAAGAGUGUGCAAAAGGUGGAGAAUAUUGAGUAAGGAAUCUUGGCACAGUGUAAAAAAACUGGAUUUAUCGUCUUCAAUGUGGGGCACUUUACCUGGUUCGAAGCAUAGAGAAAUUAAUACAAGUACGCUCCGCAAAGUGUUACUGCGAUGCGGUCCAUAUUUAAAUGAAAUAAAUCUAUCUCAAAUGUCUUCCCCAUUGAAUCCAAGCACACUGACCAUAGUUGGCAAACUGUGUCCCAAUUUACAACGAAUAGAUGUUACUGGUCUUACUGUUUCUACAUCCGGUAUCAAUUCGUUAACGGACAAUUGUCGCGAUAUUGUAAAAUUUAGUCUCGGUUCUACUACUCAUAUCUGUGAUUUGGAUCUACAAAGAUUAUUUAAAGUAAAUCAGAAGUUACGAUAUUUCAAACUGGCUUUUGGUAAAAUAUCUGGACGAUGCUUAUUUUAUGUACCAUUAGAAACGAUGGAAGAAGUUGUACUAGAAAGUUGUAGUUCUCUCCAAGAACGUUCCUUGUCGAAGGCGAUUGAAAAGUUGCAGAACUUGAAAUCUCUCACAAUAUCUAAAUGUUUCGAUAUAUCUGGUAACGUUAUACAAGCUAUUAGCGCAAAUUGUACGACUUUGAAAACGCUAGAGCUUUCUAGUAUCUCGUUUCUGUUACAAUCGAGUGACAUGCUACACAUUGCUGAACUAGUUAAUCUUGAAGUUUUAAAAAUCAAUGCGAAUGCUGUAGUUACGGACGAACUACUUAUUAAUUUAGCAUCGAAAUGUCUGAAGCUCAAAUACGUAGAUAUUACUGAAUGUAUUCUUGUAACGAACGUUGGCGUGGCCGCUAUAUCGAGUUUACCGAAGUUAGAAGUAUUAAUUAUGAAUUAUUUACAAUUAGUAACGGACACAAAUUUGCGAGAUGCGUGUAAUUUGAAAAGAUUGGAAUGCCGCAUUUGCAAAUUUACAGAUAAAGUAAUGACAAAUUUAAUCGGAUCCGCGCCUCAAUUAGAGUUAUUAGAUUUAUCAGGAUGUUGUGGAAUUACAAAUGAAACGUUAAAAAAGGCUGCCAUUGUUACUGUUAAUCGUACUAAUAACACAAUUUUAAAGAUAUUUGUCGGUGGUACUUCAGUAGAGCUUAGUACAUUCGAUAAGAUAUCUCCGUUCUUGCAAAUUGUCAACGUAGACCUUUCUAAUCGUAAUAACUCGUAGUAUACUUGAUGAGACAAUAUGAAAA